AGCCUCACAAUCCUCAUAGCGAAUCGGAAUUCCAUCCGACAAAAUAUUCCCAGCGCAAUCGGUCAGUUGGCUUUUCUCACAAAACUUGAUCUCUCCUACAAUCACAUCCAAAGUCUACCCGAUAGUCUAGGUCAGUGCACCCAAAUAACGGAUCUUUAUCUCCAUUAUAAUCAACUGACUCAUCUUCCCGAAACCAUUGGUAACCUCACUCAUCUUAAUCGACUAAUGCUCAAAUACAACCGUCUGGUGGAGAUCCCCGAAUCCCUUGCCAAGUGUACUCGUCUAGACGAGUUUAAUGUCGAAAAUAAUCAGCUCUCCUCACUUCCGACAAAUCUUCUGGCCAACAUGGCGCAAGUUCGAAAUGUCACCUUUUCCCGAAACUGUUUCUCCGUCUUUCCUCCAGGUGGCCGAGAUCAGUACAGUCAUGUCACGUCCUUGAACAUGGACCAUAAUCGAAUUACCGUAGUGCGUCCAGAUGUCCUCUCUCAUCUCCAUCAAGUGACGAAACUUAAUCUUCGAGAUAAUGAAAUUGCCAACUUACAUCCUGAAGAUCUUCGGCAUUGGAACAAGUUGGUGGAGCUUGAUCUAGGAUCCAAUCACCUCUCCAGUCUACCUGAAGAAUUGGAGGCCCUUGAAUCUCUUGAGAUGUUCCGGCUGAGCUACAACCAACUUAGGCGCCUUCCCAAUACACUUGGCAAGCUUCAACGUCUUCGAGUGUUAGAUCUCGAAUCCAACCAGCUUGAAUCCCUUCCGCUGAGUAUUGGCGACCUCGUGAAUCUGCAGGAUCUCAAUGUCAGUUGUAAUUGGCUUACCACCUUCCCACCUUCUAUAGGUAAUCUUCGGGACUUGAAGAUCUUCAAGGCGGGAGAGAACGAUAUUACCGAACUACCCCCGGAAAUAGGUAACAUGGCCAACCUACACGAUUUCUACCUGAACGACAACCAUAAUUUGAAUAAUAUUCCCGCAGAGAUGUCACAAUGUCCGGUGUUAACUAUCCUCAGUGUCGAGAAUUGUCCCCUCCGCGAUUUGCCCCAGCCAAUUGUCAAUGGAGGCUCCGCUAUGAUCAUCUAUGUAUGUUUUGAACUUGACAAUUAUUUCCUUUCCGAUUCCAUGAGCCAAAGAGAAGAGAGCCUUAUAAAUGCGUGGUAG